AUGAAUACCAUCAAGAAGCGCUUGGUGGAGAUUUCAAAGGGAUGUCAUGUGCCAGCAAACACAAAAGAGAUUCUCAGUAUCCUCACGAAAUGGCCCAAAGUAACCCUUUUGGAAAAACCGACGGAUCUGUUGCAAAUGUGGGAGCUCUUGAUUCGAACCAUCUAUAAUUCGAGUCAGGCAUGGGAGCUUCUGGAGGCAGCAUUAUAUUUCGAGAACCACCCUCAUGGCCCUAACCUCGUCUUUACUUCCCAGGGAGGCAGUGUGGCAGAACGAAAUGGAGUGCAACGCUGGAACUCGUUGGAUAUUCUCAACUGCGAUUUGGAGGAUCCCAACUUGCUCGAAUUGCUGGCCGGCAUGGCAAAGUUGAUGGCAGCCCCUCUCCAUGAGCUACGAAUCAAAGUGGGCAGAGAGUGGGAUGACGAGUACAACACAAAGUCCCGGUGGUAUCGAUGCAUUGAUAUCGGACGACGCUUUCGCUGUGAACAUGCCCACAAGAAGUACUUUGACGGCUCGAAUAACAAGGAGUCGACAGCAUCAUCCAAGGAAUCCAUAACCACUUGUCUCGUGACGUUGCUGCAAUCUAUCAAAGGCUUUUGCGUUAUCGAGAUCCAUAGUCGACUGGAACAUCGAAAUCCAGAUCCAGAAUCAAUCGAAGUGGAUUGGGUGGCCGUCGUAUAA